AUGUUUAUCAUGAAAAAUGUCACAAAUAACGAUAUCUCCCUGCCGGGAAUCGUGAACGAAAGCCAAUAUAACACUGUGUUAAUAUUUAUCUGUGCUGGUUUUACUAUCUUUGCAUUCUUCGGGAUAAUAUCAAAUGCUGUCAACAUCAAAACAUUCUUCGCAAUGGGACUCAAGGACAGUGUUACAGUAUCAUUCCUUGCUUUGUCUGUAUUUGACUUGACUUAUCUUAUUAGUACAUGUUGUUUCACAAUCGCAUUAGCCUUUAGUUUAAUUGAGAAGGAUUAUUUCAAACACUUUCCUAUUGAACCUUACGGAGUGUACAUAUUAUUUGGCCAUGUACUGAUACUGAUUAAUGUAACCAAUACGUUAACUACAACUUUUUUAGCAGUUGCGCGUUGUAUGUGUGUGGCCAAACCGCUUCACUUUAAACAUUCUUUUACUGUCAAAAGAACGGUAGUUAUCAUGACAGGUUUUGCUGUUUUUGCAGUAGCUAUCUACACCCCGCUUCUCGCCAAUAUGGGAAUGGUCCCUAGACUCGACCCAAAGACUAACACAUCUAGACCAAUGCUUUGGCUAUCACCGUACAGAGAUUCUGUCAAAAAUGUCGUAUGGACUUUAAUACAGACCUUGUUGCCCGUUGUGACGGAUUUAUCUCUCCGCACGGCUUUCAGAUUCAGGAAAGCUUCACAAAUUUCUGUAUGUGACAGAGAAGUCUCCAAUGCUAAAGGAAAAACUGAUUCCUCUAAUGAUACCUCUGACAAAUUAUCUGGGAAAGACAUUCGUGUGGUUAAACAGGUAACUUUUAUUUCUUUAGUUUAUAUAAUGUGUAACACACCGAAGGUGGUAACGAGCAUAGUCAGUCUCAUUGAAGUUGAAUUCAGUCUUAGACAAAGGUAUAAUAAUUUAUACCUCUGCUUUAAUUAUUUCCGUAUGAAUUUUGAAAUUUUUAACGCUUCAAUUAAUACGUUUAUUUACUAUGCCUAUAAUACAAAAUUUAAAACCACUCUGUCUCGGCAAUAG